AUGUCGUCCGAUACAGAUACAGGUUUGCUAGCUUCGAACUCUUGGAAGUGGACAAGUUUGCUGAUGGCAAUACCAGGCGCAGAGUCUAGACCUACUGGUCUGCUAGAUGCAAUCAAGCGUCUUGAGGCAGUUGCUUUCGUGCCCUCUAAGCAACGUGAUACGGAUGCUGGAGAACUGGCUAAAACGAUUGCUACGCACGCGUAUGAGGGCGGUCUUUCCCAGAUCGCGCUUGAGCGUUUGGUUAAGAUUACCACGACACGCAGUCAACUUGACCAAGGUACAAUCACUACACUUAUUAAGAAUCUGUAUCCGGUGGAAAGUGUGCCGUCCAGCCUCGUCACGCAGAUUGUGGGUUGUCUCGGUCCGAACAAGAACAAACCAUCACCUGCGACACAGUCUUUACUCUUGCGAUGGCUGAUCAUGACAUGA